UUAAUUAUUAAAAAUUAUUUAAAGUAAUUUUAUUAUGGAGUUUCCAAAUAACCUUCUAAAAUAUGUUUGUUAGUAGUAUGUGAAUGUAAAAACAGAGGCAAAAUGUUCCAAUGGCCGUGGCUGAUGAUAUGUGUGGCUCUCAUUAGCACGGUUCAAUGGCAAGCUUUACUGACUGAAAGUAUUAAUGGAUAUUAUUGGAAUUGGCGAGAAUAUUCAACUAUUUCUAGAGAAUUUUACUCGAGACCAAAAAGAGGUGAUUCUAACCCGGAAAAUACUACACCAAUUACAAUAGAUUCGAAUACUAAAUUUAGUCCUCGAGCAAUAAUUACAACUUCAAACUCGAGAGUUCCACAGUUACUAAAUUCUACAAAAGAACAAUCAACAAGUUACAAAAAUAAUACUAUUCAAUCAAGCAAUGGUUUAAGAUCAUCUCAAAGUAAAUCGCCUUCUGUUGUCAUAUUUCCAAGUUCAGUUAAGGAAACAACUCCAAUUUCUAUUAACAAAUUUAUUCCAGACCUUCGCUUUGUAGAAAAAUGUUCAAAGAAUAAUAGUUAUUGUGAUAAAAUCGACAAUUAUCCAAAACAAGAUUUACAACAAAUCUUUCGAACUAGUAAACUUAUGUCAAGUGGUCUUUUUGGGGUGGAUGCUAUUAAUGAUUUGGAAACGAGAUUUUCAAUGAAUGUUGGCAAUGAACCUCAACCAAUUUGUGGUUCACUAGAACAAAUAGUUUUUCCAGAAGCUGGACUAACAAAAAAUGACGAGUGGCGUUUUAUUGUUCAAGGUCCAAAUAAUGAUAACAAUAAUUUUAGGCAAGGUAUUCGAGUGGAAAAGUGUAUAAAUCCAGGUGAAUCAUGCAAAUUUAGUGAAAAUCUUCCAAAUGGCUAUACAACAACUUGUGUGCAAAAAUAUAUUUAUAGAAAAUUAGUAGCAAUAAAAGACACAAAAGAAAUAUAUUAUGAAAGUUUUAGAUUACCAUCAUGUUGUGCUUGUAUGUAUACUGCAAAGGCAGGUAUAGAGGAUCGAAGUUUAUCACUAAGAUUUGAUUCAAAUAAUAAAUCUGAACAACUUUCAAUAGAUUCUCGUAAAAUUAAAAAUAUCUAGCUAAAUUAAAAUUUUAUAAAAAAAGAUCUUAGUUAUUUACAUAUAUAUAUUAAGUCUUCACAUAUAAACAAUACUAAGUUAUAGAAAUAAAUUAUUAUAACAUAUUAUUGUAUUUUGACAUUAAUUAAUUCACAAUUAAAAAUAAUAAUAAUGUAACUACAUUUUUAAAAUAAAUUUUACUUAAAUAAUAA